AUGGCUGAUGCGCAGAACAUUUCGCUAGACAACCCAGGGAGCGUGGGGGCCGUGGUGGUACCCGUGGUGUUCGCCCUCAUCUUCCUGCUGGGCACCGUGGGCAAUGGGCUGGUGCUGGCCGUGCUGUUGCAGCCCAGCCCCAGUGCCUGGCAGGAGCCGGGCAGCACUACGGACCUGUUCAUCCUCAACCUAGCGGUGGCCGACCUCUGCUUCAUCCUGUGCUGCGUGCCCUUCCAGGCCGCCAUCUACACUCUGGACGCCUGGCUCUUCGGGGCCCUCGUCUGCAAGGCUGUGCACCUGCUCAUCUACCUUACCAUGUAUGCCAGCAGCUUCACGCUGGCUGCCGUCUCCGUGGACAGGUACCUGGCCGUGCGGCACCCGCUGCGCUCGCGGGCCCUGCGCACGCCGCGCCACGCCCGCGCCGCCGUGGGCCUCGUGUGGCUGCUGGCGGCGCUCUUCUCGGCGCCCUACCUCAGCUACUACGGCACCGUGCGCUACGGCGCGCUCGAGCUCUGCGUGCCCGCCUGGGAGGACGCGCGCCGGCGCGCCCUCGACGUGGCCACCUUCGCCGCCGGCUACCUGCUGCCCGUGGCCGUGGUGAGCCUGGCCUACGCGCGCACGCUGCGCUUCCUGUGGGCGGCCGUGGGCCCCGCGGGCGCCGCGAUGGCCGAGGCCCGGCGCAGAGCCACGGGCCGCGCGGGGCGCGCCAUGCUGGCGGUGGCCGCGCUCUACGCCCUCUGCUGGGGCCCGCACCACGCGCUCAUCCUCUGCUUCUGGUUCGGCCGCUUCGCCUUCAGCCCGGCCACCUACGCCUGCCGCCUGGCCUCGCACUGCCUCGCCUACGCCAACUCCUGCCUCAACCCGCUGGUCUACGCGCUCGCCUCGCGCCACUUCCGCGCGCGCCUCCGCCGCCUGUGGCCCUGUGGCCGCCGCCACCGCCACCGCCACCGCCGCGCCCGGGCUCCCCCGGGUGCCCGUCGCCGCGUCCGCCCCGCCGCCUGCCCCGGGGACGCCCGGCCUCGCGGGAAGCUGCCGGCGGGCGGCGGCCGGGCGGGCGAUCCGGGGGAAGGGCCCUCCCGCGCCUUAGAGGCUGGACGACAAGCCCCGUCUGCCCCAGGACCGGAAUGA